AGGCUGGCGCGUCCGGGGAGAAGAGGCUGUGGGGGGAUUAUGGCGUCGCUCAAUUGCAGCGCCGCCGUCUGCGUGAUUUGCUUGGAGAAGCCCAAAUACCGCUGCCCCGCCUGCCGUGUGCCUUACUGCUCCGUGACCUGCUUCCGGAAGCACAAAGAGCAGUGCAACCCCAAAACUUGUCCUGCUGAGAAAAAAAUAAGGUCCGCUGUUAUGGCAAAAACUGUAAAGCCCGCAGAAAACAAAGAUGACGAUGACUCUGUAGCUGACUUUCUCAAUAGUGAUGAGGAAGAGGACAGAGUGUCUUUGCAGAACUUAAAGAAUCUAGGCAAGUCUGCAGCACUGAGAAGCCUGCUGCUUAACCCGCACCUUCGACAGCUGAUGGUCAGCCUCGAUCAGGGUGACAACAAGGCGAAGCUCAUGCGAGCCUGCAUGCAGGAGCCCUUGUUCGUGGAGUUUGCGGACUGCUGUUUACGGAUCGUGGAGCCAUCCCGGGAGGAGGAUUCGUGAGCUGGACUCCCGGGCUGCUUGCUGGCAUGUGCGCGUGCGCUUGUCCUGCCUGCUACCCCCAGAAGAGCUAGCGUGGGGCCCUCGGCCACAGUGCUGACUUCCAGGCUGGCUGCACAAGGUCUUUGUCUCCAGCACUGUGGGCGUGGGUUUCAGACAAGAGGAGGAUACUCAAGGUGACAAACCCUUGAUGGAGGGAGAACUGGACAUUCAGAUGGUGGUAUUUAAAUAUUUUAAUUUUGGUACAGUUUAGACAUCACAUGAUUGGUCAAGUUUUAUACCCAUUUGAGUUAAAACUUGCUCACUGUUGCUAAAUAAAAUCAGGAUAUGGUAAUUCUGUGGUAAAUUG